UCACGGAAGUCAAGCAACACGACAAGUUGCUGUUUAGCUAGCUAACGAUCCUAACAGUCCUACCUGCCUGUAGUUACUGGUGUGGCCAUCAACACGCUCAUACGAUGGCGAUGACUCACUAGGGUCGAAACCUCUCCUUAUUCCCUCUCCUUAUUCCCCCACCUCCUUCAUCUUCACGUUCUCUGAUCAAAGGAUAGGUGAAAACAAUAUGCUGGCCAUCAUGCUCGGUGGAGGAUUCAAAGCAGAAAGACUCCGGGUCAAUCUCCGACUGGUGAUCAAUCGCCUGAAACUCUUGGAGAAAAAGAAAACUGAGCUAGCUCAGAAGGCGCGGAAGGAAAUUGCAGACUACCUGUCAACAGGGAAGGAUGAGCGAGCACGGAUCCGUGUGGAGCACAUCAUCAGAGAGGACUACUUGGUAGAGGCCAUGGAGAUCCUAGAACUCUACUGUGACCUGCUGCUGGCUCGCUUUGGCCUCAUCCAGUCCAUGAAGGAGCUGGACCCUGGCCUGCAGGAGGCUGUGUCCACUCUCAUUUGGGCAGCCCCACGUCUGCAGUCUGAGGUCAACGAGCUUAAAAUUGUGUCUGAUCAGCUGUGUGCCAAAUACAGCAAGGAGUAUGGCAAGCUCUGUAGGACAAACCAAAUCGGGACAGUCAAUGAUAGGCUCAUGCACAAACUGAGUGUAGAGGCUCCUCCUAAGAUCCUGGUGGAGCGCUACCUCAUUGAGAUUGCCAAGAACUACAACGUGCCCUACGAGUCAGACGCCAUGGUCAGACCAGAGGUGUGUACAGGCGAGGAGGCUGACCUCAUAGACGUGGACUCUGACUUCAAGAAGCCAGGCGGAGGAGGUGGUGGCGGCGGCUUCACCGCUGGAGCCAUGCCUAUGCCCAUGGCCCCCCCAUCAGCGUUCAGCUACCCAACACCCAAAGGAGCCAUGCCCGGCCCCAUAGGGUUCAACUGCCCCUCUGUUGGCACAUAUGAUGCCUUUAACAACUUCCAGCCUCCAAUGAGAGGAGGGCCGCCCCCUGAGCUGCCGAGCUGCCCUCCCACCUACCAGUCUAUUGAUGAGCUGUCUAUUAAACCUUCUGAUCGAUCCCAGGUCUCUGGCCCCGGGCCUUCCUCCCAGAUCUACGAUAACAACGCUCUCCCUGAGCUGCCCUCAGUUCCCGACACGCUUCCCACUUCCUCCUUUGGAGUUGGACGAAACACUGCGAGCUCUGAUGACAUCGACUUUGAUGACCUGUCACGCCGCUUUGAGGAUCUGAAGAAGAAGACCUAGUCCUCCAGUAUCCCAUCAUGCUAUACUGUGUUGUCAGUCACUGCAGCUACAGUAUCAAGAAAUAUUUGGAUUGGCACUGAUGUUAACAUUAACUGUACCUCAUUCAAACAGGUGAAGGCCCUUUAGAGGGCUAUUUGACAGUACAUUUGGAAGUACAUUAUAUUAUCGACUACGUCCAAUCAAAACUGGGCCGUAUAGAUGUGAUCUUUAUAUGAGCACUUUGGAUAUAAAAUGGCCUUCCUGAUUGUUACUAGUAAUCUAUGUAACACCUCAAUCUUUCUCGUUGCUAUGGUUGUCACGUAUCCCCUUGACUCACAGUAUGAGCCAAUAUUUGGUUAAUAAUCGAAUAGUCGAAUAAUCUAAUAGUGUCUCUCGUCCAGAGACUGGAUUGAGUAAUACAGGAUCUCAAUAGUUUGUCGUUGUGGGUUUCAUGAAACAAUUUUUUACCGGUCACUGAAUCGCAUAAUAGAAAAUCCUGUUUUCUGGCACACCCAUUGUGUCAAAAUUCAGGCCUAGGACAUAUUCAAGGCCGUAGCACCCUGUCUGUUGGGUUUUAUUCUCAGUACUCUGGCUCUGAACCUUUGGUGACGUCUGAAACCAGUUCUAUGGCCGAUCUGUUACUUUACAUGGGGUGGAGGGAUUCAAUCAGACUUGAUUGAUAAAGUAGGAAAUUGAAAUAUGUAAUACACAAUGCUAUUUACAGGAAUUGUUUUAUUUGUACAGCCAAAAUAUGUUGGUAGGUUGAAGGCGAGAGUUGGAAAAUAUGUUUAUUUUGUACAUAUUUUUUCUCAUAAUAAAAUCCUCUUUAAAAAAAAAAAAACUGUAUUUAGUUUAACCCUAUACAUGCACUUUCCGUGUUUGUGUAAUAUAACCCAUGCAGUGAAUUGACAAAUGGAAUGCAUGAUUUGACUAGUGACAGAAAUUAUACUCCAUAUGAAAAACCACUUGACCAUGUAAGUUUGAUGUAAAUACGGCUCUCAAAAUGUAAUGGGUUCUUCCUCUUUGUGUAAAAGAGGUUUAUAGUGUGAUUCAGUAUGUUAUCUAUGAAUGUGUGUCCUAUAUGUGCCACACUGCAUUUACCAUCAUCAGAGGCCUUCCCAUUCUAAAGUAUAUUCAAAUAUGUACACGUAACAUGCAGUGGUGGGAAAAGUACCCAAUUGUCAUACUUGAGUAAAAGUAAAGAUGCCUGAACAGAAAAUUACUUAAGUAAAAUACUACUUGUGUAAAAGUCAAAGUAUUUGGUUUUAAAUAUACUUAAGUAUUAAAAGUAUAAAUUUCUAAUUAUAUUUAGCAAACCAGAAAGCACAAUAUUUGUGUUUUUUUAAUUUACGGAGAGCCAGGGGCACACUCCAACACUCAGACAUAAUUUACAAAAUAAGCUUGUGUUAAGGGAGCCCUCCAGAUCAGAGGCGGUAGAGAUGACAUGGGAUGUUCUCUUGAAAAGUGUGUGUAUUUGACAAUUUUCCUGUCCUGUUAAGCAUUCAAAAUGUAAUGAGUACUUUUUGGUGUCAGGGAAAAUGUUUGGAGUAAAACAUUUUUUAUUUUUUGGAAUGUAGUAAAGUAAAAGAUGUCAAAAAUAUAAAUAGUGAAGUACAUAUACCCCCAAAAAAGACUUAAGUAGUACUAUAAAGUAUUUUUACUUAAGUACUUUACAUCACUGGUAACAUAUAUAAUCUUUCUUGAAAGUUGUUCAAAGUUUUGAUUUUGUGUUUGAUAAAAAUGUGUUGAAUCUUGGUGAUGGAAGAAGUAGUUUUGAUGAAGGUGAGAAAGGGGGGUGGAUUUGCUGUUCUUGUUUUAUAGCUUGCUUUCACUAAUAUAUUAUGGGUGGAAGUUAGGGCUGUCUACUCCACCAUCCUAAAAUAAGACUAACACUAGUGUACAGUGACCCGCUCACUGCUUUGACUGAUCAUCCUCUAAGGUGUAAUGUAGGAUUGUUUGAAGAAUGUUUGAUACCAACUUUGAUUAGCAAGUGUACUGUAUAUCUUGUCACAUAAAACAGAUAAUAGCCUAUGUUUUUUUCUGUCUAAUAAAGGACAUCUUUCUAAUUGAA